CUGUCACAACAUGGUCAUACAAUCUAUGAUUUUCCUCACUGUAGCCUUGGCAAUUGUCUAUGUAGUUAAGACACGUGAUGGACUGUUAUGUACUGCUAUUUCUCUAAUGUUGUGACUAUAUACAUUAUUAAUGAUCUAUUAAUGUUAAUUCAGUCAAUCAAGAAUGAUUCCACUCUGGCCUAAGUUUGAAGUUUGUUCUUAUUCCUGUUUUGCCUACCAAUUUGUCCCUGUAUAAGAAGUGUCUGAAACGAUGAUAUGGCUGUUGUGGGAUGUCCAAUGAGAGAGUUUGGUCACAAGAAUCCAUCUCAUCAUCACAGCUAAGGAUGAUUGUUGUAGUCAUUGGUGGAAGGAGCUCCAACCCACUCACUCUUCAAAUUGGUCACAGUGUUGUCUGAGGGAAAUGUUAAGGAAGGCUCUGGCUUCAGUACCUGUAAGCAACAUGAAGUUUGCAUCGGUGUUAGUCCUUCUUUUUUUCUGCUCUACUUUCAAGAAAUCCCAUGGAAAGUCAAAGCCCAAACCGGGCUGUGAAUACCCCCCGUCUCAGUGGUGUAGGAGUUUGGAAAUUGCAAUAGAAUGUGGGGUUCAGAAGCAGUGUCUGGAGCUCAAUGCCACCAGGCCCAAUUCAGCAGUACCCAGAGUUGAGGUGACCCUGUACUAUGAGAGCCUGUGUCCAGGCUGCAGGGUCUUCCUCACCCAGCAGCUCUUCCCUACCUGGGCCAUGCUCCAUGAUAUCAUGGAGGUAAAACUGGUGCCCUACGGCAAUGCGCAGGAGCUUCCCUCAGGGAAUUCUCCCUUCACCUGUGAACAUGGGGAACCAGAGUGUCAUAGCAACAUGAUUGAGGCAUGUAUUCUACAUUCAGUGGGUCUGUACUCUGCCUUCCCUGUCAUUGACUGCAUGGAAUCUGCAGCAAAUGUUCUCGCCGCCGCCCAACCUUGCUUACAGCUACACGUCCCCUCCAUGACGUGGGACAGUGUCACAACCUGUGUUAAGGGAGAGCUCGGCCUCAAACUUAUGCAUGAGAACGCCCUGAAGACCAAUGCUCUCAGUCCAGCCAAAACACACGUCCCCUGGGUGACAAUUAAUAAGGAAUACACAGGUGACUUUCAGGACAAAGCAAUGUCAUCACUUUUUAACUUGGUCUGCAAGAUGUAUAAGGGAGGAAAGCCCCCUGCCUGCACCGGAGCACAGAAGAAACUAGACAGGAGUCUGUGCUAAAACCAGCAGUCAUUCUGCAUGCCAUUCAUGUUUUCAAAAUAUAUUUUGUUACAGUAUAAGUACCAGUUUCUAUCAUUCUUUUGAAAGACAAUGCAAGUCCAACAUAAAUCAUAAGUCGCUCAUUUCUUUACUCUUGUUGCUGAAAUGUAUUGUAAUACUUGUUUUAUUCUGUGUGAUACUGUGUCAUAACUCCAUAUGUAUUGAUAAUUUAACCCAAUGCUAACAAGUUAUGGUUCCAUUUUGUAUGAACAGAUUUCUCUUUCAAGCCUAAGAGUGCAUAUAACUGUGGGGUCUGAAAUUAAACAUCCUUGAUAAAGAU